AUUUUGCCGUCAAGCGUUGGCCAGCGCGGUGGAUAUUUCGCAUAUCCGCAGUGGAGAAUCGCAUAUCGCAGCGGUAUCGAGUUUUGAAUUUCUGUUUCGACUGCCAUAAAAAAUAAAUAAUAAAAUUAAUAAACAAAUCCGGUGUGCGUGCCUGUGUCUGUGCGGGUCCGUCUCAAUGAAAUGCCAAACUAAAUAAGCUUGGAAAAGUUUUCCAUCCAGUUUUUAUGGCAACCCAGCGAGGCCCAAAAAAGUGUCAAUUGAAUUAGCGUCUCGGGCUUUAAGAAAAUAAUACAGAGCCAAAGAGAGAUUAUCACGGCGUAACAGGUGAUUGGAUCGCGGAUUUAUGAAUUCGCAAAGGUGUUUGUUUCUCUGACAUAUAAAACCACCUGUGGCUCCUCCUUCUAGUUUUAGGGCCACUCUCUGGAAAUCCAACUUCGAUUCCAGCUAAAUAGACUACGUCGACAGCAGAAAAACAAAUACAUCAACGGAAAGGAAAAUAAAGGGGGAGAGCGAAAGCGAAUCGGAAAAGCGGGAAAGGAGCAACCGCAGCGCAGCGGGCAUGGCGUAUACGCAAUGCGCAGCAUGUGCUAUUACUAUCGCUGCUACUGCCACGGCCACCUCAAGUCAAUUAGGGAGUUCACACGCCAGCGGGCACUGUAAUUGAAGCCCACACCUGUUCCGCCCUCCAUUAGCUCGGCACUAGCCUUAAAUACUCGAUCGGGACAGGGAACCCCGUGGAACCCGUAGAACCCGUGAAAUACCCGCAACACCGCCCCCACCAUGUCCGCCUUUCGAUACUUCUCGAUCACGGAUUUCUCCUUCGAGGGACCUCUGCUCCCGCUGCACGCGGCCACCACGAGCAAGGAUGCCAAGGACUCGGACAGCCCCAGCUCCGAGCUGAACAUACCCUACACCGUCUUCGAGGUCCUGGUGGCCAUCGUCAGCAUCAUCGGCAACGUGCUGGUGAUCAUCGUCUUCCGCCGGGAAAGAAAACUGCGACGCCGCACCAACUACUACAUAGUAUCCCUGGCCAUGGCCGAUCUGCUAGUGGGCGCGUUGGGCAUUCCCUUCGCCAUCCUGGCAUCCAUGGGACUACCCAGAAACCUCCAUGCCUGCCUCUUCACCGUCUCCCUGCUCGUGGUGCUGUGUACUAUCUCCAUCUUCUGUCUGGUCGCCGUCUCCGUGGAUCGAUACUGGGCCAUCCUAUAUCCGAUGGCCUACUCAAGGAAUGUCCGCACCCGCACGGCGAUAUUCAUCAUCUCCAUGUGCUGGGUGGCCGGGACGAUAGUGGGCUUCCUGCCGCUUUUCGGCUGGCACGCCGAUGUCAACCACAACCAGGAGUGUCUCUUCGUGGAGGUGAUGGACUACAACUACCUCGUCUUCCUCUACUUUGCCACCAUUAUUACUCCAGCUCUGCUGAUGCUGGCCUUCUACACGCACAUCUACCGGGUCAUCAUUAAACAGGUCCGUCAGAUCGUUACGAUGAACCCCGCCUCCGAUCUCAGUCGUCGCUCCUCGGCGGCCGUGGUGCAGGUGACAACACCCGGAAGAGGUGGGCACACGGGAACCAUGCUGCGGGUCUUGGGCGCUGCAAGGAAGCGGGACGUCAAGGCCACCCAGAAUCUGUCCAUUAUCGUGCUGUUCUUCAUGAUCUGCUGGAUACCGCUCUAUACGAUCAACUGCAUCAAGGCCUUCUGUCCCGAGUGCUAUGUGCAUCCCAAGCUGACGCUCUUCUGCAUCAUUCUGUCCCAUCUGAACUCGGCGGUAAAUCCGGUCCUGUAUGCCUAUCACCUCAAGGACUUCCGGGCCGCGCUGAAGAACUUACUCCUGAAGAUGAUGGGCGUGGACAUUGAUCAGCAGGCGGAGGCCAUCCACCGCUUCUCGGUGGCCAGUCAGCAUCGCCUGCAGUCCAUGGACUCCAAUAUGCGCUCCACGCAGCCGCGCCUCUAUGUGGGUGAGUAUUCACCCAUUUGGUUGAGGCAGCAGCAGGAGGCCCUGAAGAACUCCCAGCUCCUGCCCAAGUGCGGAGUGGUGUCGCCCUGUUUCAACAACAUCAACCAAACGGUGGCCGCCGUGGCUUCGGUGACCACAGAUCUCGAGCGAGAAAUGUGGAACAUAGUGGAGGCUUCCAGUGGCGCCGAGCUGGGUGAAACCAGCUACGAGUUCCCUUCCCCCGCUCCGGGUUCCCAGCGCAGCAGUGAACGAAACAGCAGUUCCACAGUCCCACCAGCUCCUCCUGCUCCUGCGAAGCCCUCAGUUCCGUCCGCCUCUUACGACAACCACAACUACAGUUUCAGCCAGGAUGAAGACGAAGAUGAUGAUGAUCUGGAGUUUGAGGACGUAUUUGUGCCGGCCAGCUCUGUUCCGAAUCCCACUCAACCUGGCAUAGAUCCCGUGGAACUGCGUCGCUCCCUGGCUUUGGUCAUGAGGGAGAAGUUGCGAUCGGAUGACACGGACUCCAGGCCAAUGGGCAACAAUCAGGAUCUUCCCAUAGAUGAACAGUCCAGGGAGAGACCGCUCUCCACUCAAACAUCUCCCACUAAUGGCCCGCUUCCGGCUCUUCUGCGGGCCAAACUCUUUGCUGGCAACUCCAAUAGCGCUCACUGCCUGCCAGGAUCCACGGCGAGUCCUGCUCCCCAGGAGCAAUCCGGUGUCUUUGUGAUCGAUAGUGCGGCGAGUCCCGGCACAAAUGGACACAAGCCUAAGUAUCGAAAGGGCACGGCAUUUACUAGGAGUUCGCUAAAGAAGAGUCGAUCCUGCAACUGUAGUUCCAUCGCUAAGGGACGAGGGGUCCACGACGAGCCCAGCAGUAAUCUCUGCAGGGAUCAGGAGUCCUCUGUGCAUCCACAGCAUCCGCAGCCAGCCAACCAUCCCACAGAGAACUUCUUUAGUCCGCUGAGAUCGGUGGGCAGUUUCAUGCAGCAUUCCAACCUGUUUCACUUCCUCCAGCCUCACGCCGCCCGUCCCACCUCAUCGACGGCCUCGUCCUCGGCCUCCACGCCCACUCCUUCACCACCUCCCACGGGCCAGGCUCAGGAGGAAACUGUUCCAGUGGGUCUGACCACCUCCUCGCCGUCCCUUCUGGCGACCAGUGCGGAGAGUUGACCUUCGCGGUGGGCAAAAGAGCGGGGUCAGCAGGAAAGUCCACUGGAAGAGGAUCAUCAGGAUGCGAAAGGGGUAAAAGGUGACCCCUAAGGAAAUACUCGCAAGUCAAAGCUUUUACGUUAAGUACUUCCCAGCUCUCUUAAGCUCUCUUUCGGAAACGUUGUUAAAUUCUAUAUCGGAUCUAGAUCAAUUAGUUGGGUAGUGACAUAUAGAGUGUAUGGUCAUAAUACGUUUCUACGGACUAGUUAGUUAUGUACAUACAUAUGUUUAAUGUUGUUAGAGUAUUUACUGUGUAUAUGUCUGCUUAUGUAUACCUGAACGUCUGUGAAAACCAAGUUAAGCCAUGCGACAUGAAUUUCAAAGUUGAAGUUAAAUAAAGCGAUUAAACCAGAAUGUA